AUGUCAUCCAGUGUAGAAGCUAAUUUACCACCUACUAACGAGGGUUACGGAACUCACGAGUACUGGGAACAACGAUAUGCGAAUGAAGCAGAUGGACGUACAUUCGAUUGGUUUCUUUCUCCAACUUACCUCUUACCGCUCUUUGACGAACUUACCUCUAUCUCCACCAGCGAUGUGAAAGGAAAAGGAAAAGGAAAAGAUACGCGCAUAUUGACUUUGGGAUGUGGUAAUUCAGCUUUGGGUGAGGUAUUGUAUGAUAAUGGAUGGGAAGAUAUCGUUAAUAUCGAUUAUUCCAAGAUCGUAAUUGAUCAGAUGAAAGAGCGACAUUCAAUUGCAAGACCAAAAAUGGAAUGGUUAGAGAUGGAUAUACUAGGAUUGGGAUUUGAUGAUGAAUCGUUCGAUAUGGUAGUUGAUAAAGGAACGAUGGACGCUAUGUUAACUACAAAAGGUGAUCCAUGGAACCCGGACGAAAAGGAUAUACGAACUUGUACACAAGAAGUGACAGAGGCUAUAAGAGUCCUACGGAGGCAGCCAGGAAGCAAAUUCGUCUAUUUUACCUUUGGUCAACCUCAUUUUAGGAAACGGUACAUGGAAAAUCGACCUGGAUUCAAAUUAUCUCAUCGCGAGAUAGGUCCUCCAGAGGGUUUUGCCUAUUUCAUGUAUAUACUGGAAUACGUUGGGGAAGGAGAGCAAUAA